AUGACGUACACUGAGUUGUACCCAUCAUUGUUGCAAAAAGGGUUGGUGGCUCCCAGACCUUUAGGUCCUCCACCAAAUCCUUUACCUCCAUGGUACAAUCAAGAUGCCCAUUGUACUUUCCAUGAGGGUGCCCCUAGGCAUGAUUUGGAAGAAUGCGAUGAUUUGAAGCAUAUAGUGAGAGAGUUGGUUGAGAAGAAGAUCCUUUCAUUCAGAGAUAUUGAACCCAACGUAAAGAGUAAUCCUCUGCCUGUGCAUGGUGCUGUUAAUGCCAUUAAAGAUGUAUCUGAUGUUUGUAUAAUAAAAAAUGUUGAAGAUAUUAAAUAUCUGUUGCUAGCAUUCCAUGCAAGAUUGGUGGGAGCUGGCCUGGUUGAUACCUGUCAUGAUAGCUGUGAAGAAUGCACCGUUUAUCCAAGAGGGUGUAAAUUGGUACGAGCCGAUAUUCAAAAUUUAAUGGACCAAGGUGUUCUACAAGUUUGUGGUCCUACAACAAACGAGGACAUUUCAGUAAUUGAACCCUUUUUCAAUCUACCAGAUCCUGUUGAGAUAACCUAUCAAAGAAGGGAUGUUGUUUAUCCAUCACUUGUGGUAGUCUAUGAAGAACCCAAAGAUGUUGAAUGUGAGAAGAGCUUGGAGGAUGUUGAUGCCAAUAUUAAAAACAUCGUAGGGACGAGUAGAAUGACCCACAAUGGUCGGAUUUAUACCUCUUAUUUCAAUAUAAUCCCUCAAGCACCGACAAAGGAAGCUACAAUUAUAAUUCCUGCCCCAGAAUCUGGAGGGGUACAAUCAGUGGUGCAAUUCGGUGAAGCAAUUGAAUUUCUGAAAAUGAUAAGGAAAAGCGACUACAAGAUAGUCGAUCAACUAUAUCAAACACCGUCAAAAAUAUCUAUCCUAUCCUUGCUUCUGAACUCCCAAUCUCAUAGGGAGGCUCUACUGAAAGUGCUCGCUCAAGCUCAUGUUACUCAAGAUAUAACAAUUGGCCAAUUUGAUGGGAUGGUCUCCAAUAUCACAGCUUGUAACACUCUAAGUUUCAGCAAUGAAGAGCUGCCCAAGGAAGGACAAAAUCACAAUCGUGCCUUGCAUGUAUCCAUAAAGUGCCAAGAAGAUUCUCUGGCCGGGGUAUUAGUUGACACUGGAUCGUCCAUCAAUGUCUUGCCAAAAAGGGAGCUUGCUAAAUUAUCUUACCAAGGUUCAGAGAUGAAUCCCAAUGCGCUCGUUGUAAAAGCAUUUGACGGUUCCCGAAGGACAAUAGGUGGAGAGGUAGAGCUACCAAUCCAAAUCGGACCGCAUAAAAUGAAGUUUGUCGUCAACAACAAGCUUGUCAUUGUCUCCAGUGAAGAAGAUUUCAUCAUUAGUCAACUCUCCUUUUUCCGUCAUCUCGAGGCUGAUGAAGAUGCCUUGGAUACUUCUUUCCAAGCACUUGAAAUAGCCAAUGCCACACUCGUGGAAGUAAAAGAUGUUGUUGAGAAAGCCAUUUUGUUGUUCACCUAUUUGAAGAGCGCGAAGUCAGCAGUUGAAAAUGGAGACCCUGCAGGUUGGGGGCAAGUCAUCAAUGUCCGCAAAAAAAAUAAUCGUUUUGGUUUGGGGUACAAGCCUUCUUCUAAGGAAGGAGCCCUGAUCCCUGCAAAGGACCGCAUGUGGAGCAUUCAAGAAGUCUUCAUAAGCACAUGUUUUAUCCGUGGAGAUCAAGUUGGUGCAUGUGCAGAUGACACUGAAGUUGGAGAAGCAUCAAAUCUGAUAUAA